AAAUAUAAUACGAUAUAAUGCAUAAUUUGACCGUAGAUGAAUUGGCAUCUCAAUUCAAAACCCUCGAAAGCCUUUUUGUCGAACGCGGGGUUCAGUGUCACUGUUUCAGUUCCGCAGCGCGCACACACACUAACUGAGCUGAAAUGGGGAAGAAGAAGGAUAAGAAGAGAUUGGAAAGGGAAGCCGAAACCAACAGCCCAGCAGAAACCCAAACGGACCUCACUCUUCUCAACGCCGCCGGGGAUUCUCACCGUAAAAAGAAGCCAAAAACCAAACCGGAGAAAGAAACCAACGGUGAAACCAAAAAAUCCGACGAUACCCCCACUGUCACCGUAGCUAUCGCUGGUUCCAUCGUCGACAACGCUCAGUCUCUCGAGCUCGCCACUCGAUUAGCGAGUCAAAUUGCUCGUGCUGCAACUAUUUUUCGGAUCGAUGAGGUGGUGGUGUUUGAUAAUAAGAGUAGCUCGAGGAAUAAUGGUGCUUUUUCGAACCAAAAUAAUUUGAAUGAAAAUGAUAGAGGGGCAGCUUUCCUUGUUAGGAUCUUGCAGUAUCUCGAGACGCCGCAAUAUCUUAGAAAAGCUCUUUUCGCUAAGCACAAUUCCCUUAGAUAUGUGGGAAUGUUGCCUCCACUUGAUGCUCCCCAUCAUCUGCGUAAGCAUGAGUGGGCUCCCUAUCGGGAAGGUGUCACACUUGAGGAAAAACCCACAAGCUCCAUGGGAACAGUGGUCGAUGUAGGUUUAGAUAAGAAUGUUGUGGUUGAUCAAGCACUUGAGCCUGGAAAAAGAGUUACCGUUGCAAUGGGAACUAACCAAAACUUGGAUUAUGAUUUACCUCGCCAGGUUGUCUCCUCUUCCAAGCCUAGGGAAGACACAGGUACAUAUUGGGGGUAUAAAGUGCGGUAUGCUUCCAAUAUCAGUUCAGUAUUCUCCGAUUGCCCAUACAAGGGUGGAUAUGAUCACUUGAUUGGUACAUCAGAGCAUGGGAUAGUUGUUAAUUCAUCACAGCUUAAUUUACCUGCUUUUAGGCAUUUAUUAAUUGCUUUUGGUGGACUUUUGGGGUUGGAAAAGAGUGUAGAAGAAGAUAAUAAGUUAAAGGGAAAAAAUGUGCGCGAUGUAUUUAACAUGUAUUUGAACACGUGUCCGCAUCAAGGAAGUCGAACAAUUCGGACUGAGGAAGCACUCUUAAUAUCACUCCAAUAUUUCCAAGAACCGAUAACUCGAGUAAUGCAAGGACCUGUGAGCUGAAGAUUAUCUUGGGACUUUCAAAGACAUCGAAACAUUGAAUUGUUUCUUCUCUGAGGCGGGCAUGGCAUUCUUCGGAUUUUGAAGGCUAAUAGUCUCAAGCAUGCUCAAGCUCAUGUUCUGAAAUUCUUGGCUGCAAAAAUGUCUGCCUAUUUUUGUAAACCUGUAACUGUGUAUGUGUUCUUUUAAGAACUUUUUACUUUAUUUAUUUCAAAAUUUUGUUUAAAAUUUAGGGGCAAAAUAUAAUCAUAUAUACGUUUUUUUUUUUAAA